GAUAGGAAGGACUAAAAAUGCACAGUAACUGUUUCAUCUCCCCGGGCUGGCUUUGACUCCAAAGCCUCUCCCCCCUCAAUUCACUACUCUCUAUAUAUACACAUUCCCCAACGCCCACUCUUUCCCCCCACCUUAAAUUCUCUCCUGAGGUCUUUGCCUUUGGAGAAUUGAGAAGGAGGAGGAGCGCCCGAGCUCAUCAUACACAUACAUACAUCUUUACACAUUCAAGAUUCGUAGUUAUUAAAGAUUAUAAUCAGUAUGGAAGCUCAAACAGAGGAAGUCGUCGUGGCUUCCAAGGAUCACACCCACAUGAUCAUCAAGGGCAAGCGAACCAAGCGCCAGCGCCCUCAAUCCCCAAUUCCCUUCGUCGUCACCAUGCACUCUCCCACCGGCGCCGCCGCCGACAACUUCUCCCCCACCACUUCUGACGAUUUCCCCGAUAGCGCCACCGAAGAAGAAGAGGACAUGGCCAAUUGCCUGAUCCUCCUGGCGCAAGGCCGGUCUCGUGAGUCCCCGAGACGGGUUGAAGAUGACGGGUACAGGGUCUCGAACCGGAGGUAUCUGCAGGACGGCGGCACCGGCGGGGGGGGCGGCAAAGUGGGCCUGUACGUCUAUGAGUGCAAAACCUGUAACCGGACAUUCCCGUCGUUCCAGGCUCUCGGCGGCCACCGCGCGAGCCACAAGAAGCCGCGAGCGAUGGCGGUGGCCAUGGCCCUGGCCGAGGAGAAGAAGCAGUACUUAAUGUUGUGCGACGACGAUGAAAAUCACCGGCCGUUCAAAAGCGUCAACGAUGGCAGUCCUCCUCAUCUUUCCUUACAAUUGAGCAGCAGCGGUAGGAGUAAUUUACAGGGGAGCAACAAGAGCAAGCUUCACGAGUGCACAAUCUGCGGCGCGGAGUUCACGUCGGGGCAGGCCUUGGGGGGGCACAUGCGGCGGCACCGGGGACUCGUCAACGCCAGCACGGCGUUGUCUCUGAGCCCGAUUCCGGGGUUGGAGUCGUCCGAAAAGGAAACCGCCGACAAGAGCCGGCAAAGAAGCUGCGGCCUAUCCUUGGAUCUCAAUCUCCCGGCGCCAGAAGACGAUCACCGGGAAUCCAACUUCGCCUUCGCUUCGAAGCAACGGCAAGAACCGCAAGAAGAACAAAAGCAGCAGCAGCAGCCGCAGCAGCAGCAGCACCAACAACAACAGCAACAUCAAUCACAUCUGGUGUUGUCCAACCCCACCUUGGUGGAUUGUCAUUACUGAGAAGUAAGAAGGUUCAAGAUUCUAAAUUGAAUUUUUUUUUUUUUGGUUCAUCUUAAUUCCACACGAUUGAUAACCAUCGAUCUCAAAGGUCUCAUAAAUUGACGUGAAUCUGAUCAGCUUCAUUGAUUCAUUCUUUUAUAUCAAAAUAUUGUCAUUAAUCAAAUAUUAUGGAUUCUUUUGAUUCUUUAAUUCUCA